AUGGCCAUACAUUUCACGCUAUUGCUUUCCAGGCAAGGAAAAGUAAGAUUAUCCAAAUGGUAUCACACGAACUCUCAAAAGGAGAAGGCUAUCAUUACGAGAGAAUUGACAACACUCAUAUUGUCGAGACGAGCAAAAAUGUGCAACAUUCUUGAAUACAAAGAUAUGAAGAUCAUCUACCGUCGUUAUGCAUCAUUAUUUUUCAUUAUGGGAAUCGAUUCCCUGGACAACGGUUUAAUAGCGUUGGAGGUUAUUCAUAGAUACGUUGAGCAAAUGGACAAACUCUACGGCAAUGUAUGCGAACUAGAUAUCAUUUUUGGAUUUGCCAAGGCCUAUCAUAUACUUGACGAGCUAAUUUUGGAUGGCCACAUAGCAGAGACAUCAAAGAAAGAAGUCGUGAAGAAGGUAACGCAACAAGACGAAUUAGAGCAUAUGGACGAGUUUGAGAACAUCUUGGUCUAG